AUGGAAGAUCAUCCGGAUGCCACCAUUCAAUCGACACCCGUCGCCGACAAAGCGGUACUGGAACUCCACGACUGGAUGUUCAGGACAUACCUUCCCAUGCGCUAUCCCCAGAUCUACUACAGACAAAGUGGUGCCGAUGGUGGCCUACUCAACGGGGUCAGCAACAAAAUCAUCCCGCUGAGUCCUUCUUCCGCGGUAGAAGCUCUCCGAGCCUUGGGCUCGAACAUUGACACAGACUUCCUGGUCCUCAUGCCUUGCUCGAUUUCGCCGGACGGUUUGCCGAUCUAUCACCUCCAGGCCUUCGUCACCUGCUUCCCAUCCGGGUUCAGCCUCCGCAAGAAGCUGGGCAUGCCUCUUGCAGAAAUCCAUACGCCCGUGCCGGGGUACAAAGCGAAACUGGAGAAGUCGAUGGAUCGUUUCUUUGCGAGACUGGAGUGCGGCAAGGCUGUGAAACGGUCAAAUUGGGGCAUCACGACCGUAACGGACUUGUUUCUGGAGGGCGGAACGCACUUUCAUAACGACAAAGCGAGUGAUGGGCCGAGCAGUACAUCGACAGAGGGUGAUGGACCUAGCACCAGGACGUAUCAGUACCAUUUGGAGGAUGUCAAGAACGAUGGCUACGCAGACGAGUUGGCCGCGGCAAUCGAGGGCCUAGUAAUGGGCAGUGUUCCGGAGAUGAACUUUUACAAGCGUGGCGUCGUUUGGUCCGAGGCGGUUCUGCAGUAUUUGCGAAGCUAG